UACAACAAUAUUGCAGAGGACAUUCGUCUCCUUCGUCUCCACCAUCCAAUACUAUUUUUGUAGUUACUUUCUUUAUCGAAACAACCACCACAAAUCAUCCUAUCAAACAAACACACCCUACAUCCAUCAUCAUCAAAAGAAGGAUAUGCCUAAGGCUCGUCCGCUAUCGUUGCAGACCGUGGAGCUUAAAGUGAGGAUGUGUUGCGACGGCUGCGAGAGGGUUGUGAAAAAUGCCAUACAUAAGCUUAGAGGGGUUGAUUCAGUGGAGGUGGACUUAGAGAUGGAGAAGGUGACGGUGACAGGGUAUGUGGACCGUAAUAAGGUCUUGAAAGCAGUAAGGAGGAGCGGGAAAAGGGCAGAGUUCUGGCCAUACCCAGACCCACCUUUGUACUUCACUUCCGCCAACUAUUACUUCAAAGACACCACCCAUGACUAUAAAGAGAGCUACAACUACUGGCGCCAUGGUUACAAUGUUGCUGACAGGCAUGGUCUUAUUCCUCCCACUUCCAGAGGCGAUGACAAGGUUAGCAACAUGUUCAAUGACGACAACGUCAACGCCUGCUGUCUCAUGUAAUUAAUUCUACCCACCCACCUUCCCAAUCCUACCCUCUUCUUCUUCUUCUUCUU